GGUUUAUUAUUGGAAAACUUUGACCUAAGUGCUUUAUUUAGGUUGAGUUGAGUGAAAAUUAAUAGACAGUGGAUGGGCGUUAUAUGCAGACCGAUUCGAAUCUUGUCUUGUCUUGUCUUCGAAACAAUUGCAAAUUUAUUAUGUAAGACUCAUAUAAAAGCGUGGAGAAUAGAUAAUUAAGAAUUAGUAAUUGUGGUUGAAUUGUAUUGGUAGGAGUAGUGUAUGAAGAGGAUAAUUUUAUUGUGUUGUAAUGAAAUUGAAAUUACAAACCAAUAAUACAGAAGCAUUAAAGACGGCUUUAUCGUUGAUAAGCUCAUUACGAAAAUAUAUUCUAUUACGAUUUACACCGGAGAUUCUUUAUGUAAUUCUGGUUAAUGGACAACUGAUAACUCAAGAACCUCAAGUAUGGUGUAAAUUACAAAUGAGAUCUAUUUUUAAUCAAAUAGAAAUUCAAAGUCUACGAGAUAAUACAAUUCUGUUAGAGAUAAGUGUAGAAUUAUUUUUACAAACAUUAAGAAAUUUUGAUAAAGCUAAUAGUGAAUCAUUAAGUAUACGACUUCAAAGGAAAGAAUCAAGUGGAGCUCAAAGUACUAAUUCAACUAAUAGUCGAACUGCAUCAUUAGCAUUAUAUUAUUCUAAUGUUAAUAUUCAUUCUAAUGCAAUUAAUCAUACAUUUAGAAUACCCGUUAAAAUACUUAAAAAUACUCAAGAUUUAUUACUUUUAAAAGAACCAGAAUUACAUGAUAUUGAUUUAAUUAUGAAAUUACCUUCAGAAUUUGUAUCUACCUAUAAAAGACUUGAUAAAUUUAAGAAAUCUUCUAAUAAUGAUACUAUAUUAAUUAAAGCUAGUAGACGUAGAGGUGGAUUUUUAGGAUUUGUAAUGGAAGAAGAAGGUAAAUAUCGAGUUACAAUUAGUUGGAAUGAAAAAUUAGAAGUAUUAAAACCAGUACAUAAUAAUCUUGAUGAUGCUCGAGGUGAAAUACUUCAACCAAUUACAGAAGUAGAUAAAGAUAAUAUUGAUGAAGAUGAUGAUUCAGAAGAUAAAGAAAUUAUUGUAAGAUUACGAGAUUGGCAAUCAGCUUCAAAAAUCGUAGCUACUUGUAAGACUGUUAUAUUAUUAUUAACAGCUAAAGAAUGUGUUUUACAUUGUUUACUUCAAGAUUCCGAUGAAGUAGAGAUAAUAUAUUAUAUUAGUGGGAUUAGGAUUAGAAGUAGUAUAGAUUAA